AUGCCCGCGCCACGCUCCGAGGGGCGGCCCGGCGGGCCGGGGGAGCGGCGCGCGCUGCUGUCCCGCGGGGCGCGGGGCCCCGGGCGCUGGCGGCGGGCGGCGGGCGGCGCGGUGCUGCUGGUGGAGAUGCUGGAGCGCGCGGCUUUCUUCGGCGUGGCCGCCAACCUCGUGCUCUACCUCAACAGCCGCAACUUCAGGUGGUCGGGCGAGCAGGCGUCCCGCGCCACGCUCGUCUUCCUCGGCGCCUCCUACCUGCUGUCCCCCGUGGGUGGCUGGCUGGCCGACGUGUACUUGGGCCGCUUCCGCGCCAUCACGCUCAGCCUGCUGCUCUACCUGGCCGCCUCGGGCCUCCUGCUCGCCACCAUCACCGAGGAUGGACGCAGAUCCUUCUGCGGGGAGAUGCCCCAGGUCCCGCUGGGGCCGCCCUGCCCGCGGUCCCACUGCCAGAGCUCCUGGCCCAGCCCCUACUGCGCCACCACGCUCUACUUGGCGCUGCUGCUCCUCGCGCUGGCCGCCAGCUCCGUCAGAAGCAACCUCACCUCGUUCGGGGCCGACCAGGUGAUGGAUCUUGGGCGUGACGCCACUCGCCGCUUCUUCAACUGGCUCUAUUGGAGCAUCAACCUGGGUGCUGUGCUGUCGCUGCUCAUAGUGGCCUUCAUCCAGCAGAACGUCAGCUUCCUGUGGGGCUACAGCAUAACCGUGGGCUUCGUAGGCCUGGCCUUCUUCACCUUCCUCUUUGCUGCCCCCGUCUUCAUCACCAAGCCCCCCACGGGCAGCCAAGUGUCAUCUAUGCUGAAACUUGCACUCCAGAAGUGCUGUCCCUGGCUAUGGCGACAACAUUCUGCCAGGGACUCUGAAAGUGUCCACCUGCUGCCUGGCCAGAGGUCUCCCCAGCCUAGCCUUUCCCCCCAAGAAGAUAUGGCCAACUUCCAGGUGCUGGUGAAGAUCCUGCCGGUGAUGGUGACCCUGGUGCCCUACUGGAUGGUGUACUUCCAGAUGCAGUCCACCUAUGUCCUGCAAGGUCUUCACCUCCACAUCCCCAACAUUUUCAGGGCUAGCCCUAUCAACAGCUCCGGGGUCCUGAGAGCAGAGAACAACUACAGGAUUCCAGAAGCCUGGCUCCUGCUGGCCAAUGUCGUGGUGGUGUUAAUUCUGGUCCCUAUCAAGGACCAUGUGAUUGACCCUUUACUGCUGCGGUGCAAGUUGCUGCCCUCUGCUCUGCAGAAGAUGGCUCUGGGCAUGUUCUUUGGGUUUACCUCCGUCAUUGUGGCAGGAGUCCUGGAGAAGGAGCGCUUGCAGUACAUCGCUGCCAACAAGACAGUGUCUCAGCAGAUCGGACAGGACUUGUAUUAUGCAGCACCGCUGCCCAUCUGGUGGCAGAUCCCCCAGUACCUGCUCAUUGGGAUCAGUGAGAUUUUUGCCAGCAUCCCAGGUCUGGAGUUCGCCUACUCAGAAGCCCCACGCUCCAUGCAGGGCGCCAUCAUGGGCAUCUUCUUCUGCCUGUCAGGAGUGGGCUCACUGUUGGGCUCCGGCCUGGUGGCCCUACUGUCCUUGCCAGGGGGCUGGAUGUACUGUCCCGAGGACUCUGGGAACAUCAAUAAAUGCAGGAUGGACCUCUACUUCUUCCUGCUGGCCGGCAUUCAGGCCGUCACGGCCUCCCUGUUUCUCUGGAUUGCUCGUCACUAUGAGAAGACGGGGCACAGGGCAGCCACCCAGAACAGCUCCAGCCAGGACAGAGGCUGAAUUCACCCCACACCUCUCUCCACCUGGACAGACAUCACUAGAGCAGUCCCAGCCUUCGCGGUUUCCGUCUCAUUUAUUCUGUAUCCAAAAUUAGGAUGAAAUGGUUCCCAUAAAUAAGAGGCAUGUGCCCUUCCUCGA